CUAGGAGUGCGUCCCUACAAGUGUUCUCUGUGUGACAAGGCCUUCACCCAGCGCUGCUCUCUGGAGUCUCACAUGAAGAAGAUCCACGGUGUGUCCCUGCAGUACGCCUAUAAAGAGAGACGCAACAAACUCUACGUCUGUGAGGAGUGUGGCCACACCGCCCCUUCCCAGGAUACACUGCUCAAACACUACCACGCCUUCCACCCCAACUCCGCCUUCCUGAGGGCCAAGGGUGGGAGAAGGGAGGGGGGUGAGGAGUCGAUGCCUGGGUCGCCGCUUUCGAACAGUCAAUAUAGUGAUGAUACUACAGGAUCAGGGGGC